UUCGUUGGUGUUGUUGUUGUUACACGUUACACUAGCUGAACGGUGAACAGUAGCCGUACUCGUCGUGCGUCAUGCGGUCGUUUAUCGGUUCUGUUACAUACAUAGCACGAAGUAUAGUGACAGUCAGUAAGCACGUUUAUUAUUAAUUACCAACACAAAGCAACGGCAGCAUCAUAGAUAAUGGCAAAUUGUUUCCUCGAACCCGCUUUCAUCGUCGGUGAGAUCGACGAGAACAUUAAUCUAUCGAUGCCUCCGUCUUCCGGAGAAGAAUACAUCAAAAGGGUAGUAAUGGAGGCGCAAAGCUGUGCCGAUGUCGUAGUAGCCGACGUCGAUCGAAAUCGUUUUAAAACACCUACGAUCGACAUCGAACCCCUGUCAGGAUGCGUCGAAGCACCGCCGUGGCUCGGCCCUACGCUCGAAUGGCAAUUGUAUCAAGUAUCCGACUUCUCUAACGUGCGUAUGUACAUAAGUCAGUUAAAGAACGAGAUUCAUACGUUGAAACGCAAGUGGAGACCACCAAAAAUCGACUUGCCAGAUAUAGAUGACGAGAACGGUUGGAUCCAACUGUGUUCUAGCGAUGAGAAGGGGAACGAUAAAAUCAGUCCGACGUUGAACACGAUCUUUUGCUUGAACCAGCCAAUGGUGGAAAGGACGUUAGAGUUUUUGGUGGAACACUUGGAGAGCUCGACCGAGAUGGGGCACAAAUUGGGACAAUGGAUUUACGCGCUGUUGGCCGUGGUGGAACUGCCGCUGACACCGGAAACCUGUUCUUGUUUAAGAUCUCUGGCCAGGACGUGCUCCGUGAUGCGAGCGAAAUCGAAAACGCUGCAAGUACACGAGAUAGGAGCGAUCAAUUUAUUUAUAUGCUUAGUCGCGAGAUACUUCCGUCAACUGGAUCUGGCCGACCCCUGACCGUACCCCUCUGUCUGUCUUUUAUAUUUUCCUUUCCGAUCGAACGGUAAUCAUGUUCGCUGUACGACUCGAGCUGCGUCGCUGUUUCUUAAUAAAAUCGACCUUUCGCUGCACA